AUGAGCGCGUCCGUCUGCGUGGUGGUCACAGUGCCCACUGAAGUGGAGGAGCUAAGGCUGAGCCCUAAGCCACUAGUCAGAACCCAAUGUAGCGCCAAUUGCUGUUGCUCCAUGAGGAGCUCGUGCAUUCCGAGUUGCGAGACUUGUCAGCGCUGUUGGCGACUUCGUCAGAUAGCGGGGAGCAAUAGAGGUAAGGCAAUGCCAAUGGAGGUCAACACAAGUCCUGCUUCAAGGUGCCACAGCAGAUCAGUGCAGCUGCCCGAUCUCAAUUGGGACGCUUCCCUAGAGCAGCUGCUGAAGGCAAUAUCCGAUGAGCUGCGAUUGGAGGAUGUCUUUUGGUCGCAUGACGUCACAGGAAAGCGACUCCAGGCCCGGUUUGACCUCCUGCAGGACGAGCAAUAUGAGAGGCUCCUGUGCACCUUGCAAGAUUUUGGCAUUGGCGAGAGACCCGGCACGCAUGUGUCCGCCCUCACCUGUUUAGAAACGCGGUCCAAUCCUAGGAACCAGAAUCCCAAACCAAACGAUAGCGAUUUGAUCGAUCAAGGUCAGGAGCAAAGUCAGGGCUGGCAGAGCUUUAUGGACUCGGUAAGAUGCCGGUUAAAUGUAAACCAGGUGGUGCGGCAGGUGCGUCGGGAUGCCACUCUGACCUUUGAUUUCGUGGUACUGCUGAUGGCGGCUGCCCUGCUCUCAUGCGUGGGCCUUGUCGAAAAUAGCUUCCUGUUUCUCUCUAGCUCCAUGCUGAUCUCCCCUCUCAUGGGUCCCAUCAUAGCGGCCAUAUUCGGAUCGGUGAUCGGCGAUCGGGAGCUGCGGUGGCUGGGUCUGAAGAACGAGCUGCUAGGCAUAGCCGUGUCCGUCGUCAUAGGAUUCUUUUUCGGGAUAAUAGUCUGCGGGUUCGGGCACUUCUUCGCCAUAUCCGCCGGUCUCACGGAGGAGAUAGUCUCGCGAUGCGAUACCCACUCCCUGGCCAUUGGAGUCUGCACUGCCCUGGCCUCAGGGGCGGCGGGUGCCAUAGCGGUUUUGGGUGGCAAUACGGGGUCUCUGGUGGGCGUGGCAAUAUCGGCUUCACUACUGCCACCUGCUGUAAAUGCUGGACUCCUUUGGGCCCUAGCCAUUGGAUCGCACCUGCUGCCGGCUGAUCACGACCUCAUGGUAAGACUGGUCAAGCACAGGUCUUACUCCUCGCAGCUGUCGGUGGAAUUGCUGCUUUGUGCACUGGUCAGCAUGGCCUUGACCCUCCUGAACAUAGUAUGCGUCUGGAUAAUGGGCGUGGUGGUCCUGAGGAUCAAGGAGGUGGCUCCGGCAGUUCAGCGGCAUCAGCAAUUUUGGCGCCACGACGUGCGCACAGCCCGCGAGGUGGCUCUUCUAGAUCCUGCUCUGCAAAGUGCCAUAGACCACCUAGACGAGACUCAACUGGACUUGGAAGCGCCGCACUAUCAACGCACCUGGUCACCGGGCAUGGAGAGCCAGGUGGUCCCGCACUCCGGAACCGGAGGCUCUCACAUGGCCCUGCCCAGCUCUAGGGACCAGCCGGAUAACUAUCACACGGUCCACGGCUUUCAGGAUUUCUGCAUUUCGCUGCAUCGCCUGAAGUCGGUGCAAAAGGGAGUCCAACCGACGAGUGUGAUGGAGCUGUUUGCCCGCAGAGCUCCCGCGGAGCUGAGUUGCGGCCAGACCAUCAACACCGCCACCACCACUAACACCACCAACAGCGGAGGGAGCGCAUUCAGCAACUGCCAAAAUCUGUCGAAUAUCAGCAGCCAAUCAAAACUUUGGCCCAAUAAGCCACCCAGUACCAUUAGUAUGCAAAGUCUGGGUUCUAGUCUGGCCCGGGACUCCUGCCCCGGUGCCGAAGUAGCUUCAAAUGUGGACAGGGACUUCGGAAAGCGGAACGUCCGCUGGAAAGAGGAGCAGCUGGGUACAGGUAGCAGUGUGAUAAAGCAGAAUCUGAGCACUAGGGAAAGUAGCCCACUUAGAAGGACUGGUCAGGUUCUAAUUCCCCUUCCCAACCUGGAGGCCAGUGUCCCGACUGAUCGAUCCCUGAAACUACUGCCGUACGCCAGGCUGGAGGUCAAAAGUCCGGAGGAGGGCCAGAACGAGUUCCAGGCUUAGUAGUAGUGUACAAGAGGCACCAUCAGAUAUACCCACCACCAGCCCGCAGCCACCAUCAAGAGCACCGCAAACUUCCAGAAUAGAGCCUCCAGCUCAGCAUUGAUUAGCUUCCGGCGCUGGUGCUUUGUUUGCAAACCACAUCAAGCCGCCGGCACUGGCGGUCGCGAAACUUGAAAAUGUAUAUUCGUAU